AUGUUUUUCAGAAAAAUAGGGGGAUUUGUCAGUAAAAUAAAACAUUACUCAUUAAAUAAAUUUUCCAAUUGUUUAUAUAAAUAUGCGGGGUUUGUAUAUGAUAGACCAUAUACGAUAAUAUUUCUUAGUUUGAUUGGAUGUGGAUUAUUGUCAACGGGGUUUUAUUAUAAAGAAAAUGAAAAAGAUGUAUUUAAAUUAUAUUCAAUAGCAAAUGCUUACACAUAUGAUAAUGGUAAAAUGAUAAAUGACUUUUUUCAUAGAAAUAGAAAUGCAAUAAUAUUAAUAGAAUCUAAUUUUAAUUUAUUACAAGGUCAUAUUUUAAAUGAAUUAAAAAAAUUUGAAGAUAACAUUUUUGAUAUUCAAAUAGAUUGUUCAGAAGUUCUUGAAUGUAAAGUUGAUGAUAUAGGUGUUGAACAAACAGAAGUUGCAAAAAAAGUAUUUGAUAAACUUAAUAAAAAUAUAGAUCCUAAUGUUAAUUAUGAUUGGAAACCAAGUUUAUCUUCUCUAAAUUUUAAAUUUUCUUUAAAUAAUUUGUUACGUUUUAAAAAAAAAAAUAAAACAAAUUUAGAUAAAAGUGAGGAAACAGACGAUGAUGAAGAUGAAGAAGAUGAAGAAAAAGAAGAACCAAAUAAUAAUGAAGAUAUGGAAUAUAGUGGUAUAAGAACAAAAUUAAAAAAUGGUAUAAAUUUUUUUUAUGAAAAAAUUGAAAUAUUAAAAAAAUUAUAUACUUCAUUGAAAGGAAAAAAAAUAGUAAUGCCCCAUGAAGAAAAAAUAGCACCAACUUUUGAGGAAUUUGAAAAUGAUGUAUUUUAUCCUCCAUAUUAUAUACCCCCAUUAUUAGUGAAAAAUGAUCGAUGUAUAUUAAAAAAUGUUUUCCAACAUAAAAAAUUAGAUAUAAAUUUAAGAACUGUAAGUGAUUCAUUAAAAAAGGAAAUAACAUUUAAAUUAGAUGAUCUUUGUCAAAAAAAAUAUGGUCAAUGUGAAAGAAGUUCAAUAUUUUUAUAUUAUGAAAAUGGAAAUGCAAAAAUUGGUGAUCCAAUAAAAGUAGAUAAUUUAAAUUUUUAUGUAAAUAGAAAAUCAUAUAAAGGUAUGAUAUUAAAAUCUAUAUUUGGAAAUCCCCAAUAUACACAAAACGGAUCUAAUUAUGUUAUAAAUUAUGCAAAUUCUUUAGUAACUAUAUUACAUUUACAUAAUUCAUAUACAUAUGAACCAUAUGCUUUAGCUUUUGAAAAAAAACUAAUCGAUUAUGUUCGAAAUUACAAUAUUAAUCAUGCAAUAAAUUCUGAUGAAGAAACAAAUGAUGGAAAUCCAGGAUAUGUUCGUUUUCAUGUAUUUGCUGAACGAAGUUUUGAAGAUGAAGUUGAUAGAAUAUCUAAAUUAGAUAAAUUAACAAUGUUAUUAUUUUUAAUUGGAAUUUUUUUUAUUUUUAUGUAUGUUUUAUUUAAUAAUGUUACUUCUGUUUUAUAUAGAAGUAAGCCACUUUGUGCUAUUGUUGGAAUAUUUUGUGGGUUUUUAGGAUAUUUGGCAGGUUUUGGAUUUUUAUUUUUUAUAGGAAUUAAAACUGUACCCCCUGCAGAAACUGUUCCUUUUCUAGUAAUAGGAGUAUGUGUUGAUGAUGUAUUUGUUAUAAUUAAUUCAUAUUCUUUAUUAUUUAUGAUUAAAGAUGAUAGAAAAAGAAUUCAAAUGUGUUUAAGAGACAGUGCAGUACCAAUUACAGUAACAACUUUAACUAAUGUUAUUGCUUUUUUAAUUAGUGCAGUAUCUCCAUUUUAUGCUAUUUAUAGUUUUUCUUUAUUUACCACAAGUGCAUUAUUUUUCAGUUAUAUUUUGGUUAUUACUAUUUUAGUUAGUAUAUUAUGUAUAGAAGCACGUUUAGAAAAAGAAAAAAAAAAUAUUUUUUCACCAAUUAUAAGUUUAGUGUCGUCUUGUUUUUGUAAAGAUUCAAUAAAUAAAAUAAAUAAUUCAUUACCUAAUAAUAAUGAAUUAUCAUUGGAAAUAUUAACUGAAGAAGAACAAGAAAAAGCAUGUGCUGAAUAUGAAAGCCUUUCAAUUUACCAAUGGAUUCAUAAUUUAUAUCUUUUUGAAGAAUCUAUUAAUAAUAAGAAAAAUAAGCCUUCUUCUAAAUCAAAAAAUAAAGGAGAUGAUCAGUGCACUAUCGUGGAUGUCGCUCCUGGGGGUCGAGAUUUUAAAGGGUGCAAACAAACUUCAAAACAUCGAGGAAAUUAUAAAAAUACUUCAAAAUGCAUAACAAAUUCUGAUAAUAAUUUGAAGAAAAAUAUUCAAGAUUCUACAUCUAAAGUUUAUCCUUCAAAUGUUAAUCAAAACAUCCAAAAAACUGAACAUGAUAACUCAAACAUUUAUUCUCAUUAUAAUAUAAAUGAUGAUAUAAAUAGAAGAAAUGAUAUUAAUGGAUAUGAUGGAAAUGAAAAUGAAGAAUUAAGCGGAAGAACAGUAGAAUAUGAUAAUACAAAAAUAAAUAACAAUUAUACAUCACAAAUCAGUUUAGAAAAAGAUUUAAGAAGUAUUGAAGUAAAUUCAAGUAGCUCUGUGUUACAUAUAUCAAACGAUAUUUCAUCAUCUUGUUUAAAUAAUAGUAAUGCAAUUCAAAAUCUAAAAAAUGAUGACAAUGAUUGUUCGAAAAAUGAAUACAAUAAAGAUAUAUAUAACAAUAAUGAAGGAAAUCGAAAUAAAGCAAAAGAUUGUGAAAUUAAUAAUUAUACAAAAGGUGAAAAUAAAAAAAUAUAUAUGUUAAGUUCUCAUGACAAUGUAUUAUUUUAUAAAUAUAUAUAUAAAGAACCAAAAGGAAAUAUUGGAAAAUGUUUUCGUAAACUGAUAAAAAAUUAUUAUAUACCAUUUUUAUCAUCUAGAAUAGGAAAAACAAUAGUAUAUUUGUUAUUUUCAUUUAUUAUUAUUUUAUCAAUUUAUGGUUGUACAUUUAUAAAAAAAGGAAUAAGAUAUGUUAAAGCAUUUCCGUCUGAUUCAUAUAUUCGAAUGUUUAUUGAGCAAAGAGCGAUACAUUUUCCAAAUCUUGGUGAUAUAAUUGAAGUAUAUUAUUUUGAUAAGAAUUUUUUAAAUAAGUAUCGAAAAUUACGCAACGAAUAUUUUGAUGAUGAUAUAUCAAAUUCUUAUUUAUCUUUUUCAUUUUCAAAUAAUAUAGAUAAUAAUGAAGAGCCUUCAGAUGUUGAACCAACAAAUACAAAUAUAAGAUGGGAAAAAACUACAAUUCAUGAAAAAUUAAAACAAGUUCAUGAAAACCUUGAUAAACAAGAUUUUAUAGCUGGUAUAUCAAAUGGCUUUAAUUUUUUUGUAAAUAAUAAUAGUAAACAAUUGGAAAGUGAAGAUCCUGAUGCAUUUUAUAAUACAUUUAUUAAUUGGGUUAAAUAUGAUUAUACAGGAAAUAUGUUUAAAGAUGAUUUUAUAUUUUUAAAUAAAAAAUUAGUAGCAUGGAGGUUUAAAUAUGUACAAAAAAAUACUGAUGAUUCAGAAGAUUCAUCUAUGUGGCUAAAAAAAUGUAACGAAAUUGCAAAAAUAGAAGACGAAAAUAUACAAUUACUUUGUUUUCAUAUAAGUUCUAUCUUUUAUGAGACUGAUGAAAUAAUUAUGGAUAUAACUCUCAAAACUAUGGGAAUAACAAUUUUUACUAUAUUAUUCGUAACUGCAUAUAUUGUUGAAGGAUUUAGUUCAUGUUUUAUCAUAGCCAUGAUUAUAUUACUUAUCGAUUUAUCCAUUUUUGGAUUUAUGUGUUUGUGCGGAAUAACAGUUAAUAUUAUUUCAAUGGUUAUCCUAGUCCUUUCAAUUGGUUUUUCUAUUGAUCAUACGUCGCACAUUGUACAGGCGUUUACACACAGUGUUGGUAGAACUCGGAAUGAAAAAAUGAAGGAAAGUUUGUAUUUGAUGAUGGGACCGGUCUUACAUAGUGGUUUAUCAACUUGGUGUAUUAUAAGCACCUUGUUUUUUUCAAACAAAGAUUUUACUGUCAUAUUCUUUCAAACGCUAUCUUUGGUUUUAUUUUUUUCAGUAAUAUAUUCUUCCAUGUUUUUACCAGUUCUUCUUUCAAGCAUUGGCCCAUUAUAG